AUGUGUACCGACGCUAAAGAAUGGCAUAAUCGGCUCCCAUUGGUUCUGCUCGGUCUUCGAACCGCUUAUCGUGAGGAUCUGAAGUGUUCAUCUGCAGAGCUGAUAUACGUUCAAGCGCUUAGAGUUCCCGGCGAAUUCUAUGAUUUACCGGCAAGUAACAUCGAUCGCACUGAACUAGCUGCUAAACUACACAAAACAUUCGCGGAUCUUAAAGCGCCCGCAGCAUCUCGCCACACAAAUGAAAAAGCGUUCGUGCAUCCAAAACUGAAGGACUGCAGCCAUGUAUUCAUUCGCGUAGACGCUGUCAAAAAACCACUCCAGCAACCCUUCGAAGGACCCUACAAGGUGAUAGCGAGGAACGAGAAAUGUUUCGAUAUUUUGAUCUCGGGAAAAAAGGUGACGGUUUCAAUUAAUCGGAUUAAGCCGGCUCAUAUAUACGCUUAA